UUUUUUUUUUUUUUGAUGACUACUUCUACAACUCAGAUACAAAACGAUACACCAUUGGUAUCAUCAUCCAUUUCUUCUCAACAUCUAUUAGCCAUAGAACGCUAUAUUGCUGGUAUUAAACUAGAACAACAAGGAAGUGUUUCUGAAGCUUUAACUUGUUUUCAACAAGCAUUCAAAUUAAACCCUGAUGUUGACGUUGCUUAUUCUUAUAAAGAAAGAAAGUUAUCAUCAUCAUCUAUUUUCUCAACUGCAGAAGAUGUUGAAAAUCAUCAAGAUCACGUUACCAGUAUCGUUUCAUCUACUUUUGCUUCAAUUGAAGAUUUUAUUGAACAUAUUUGCCAAGAGGGUGAAUUAACGUAUAAUCCUUUAAAGAAGACGAAACCGAUAUGGAUCAUCAAACUUCCAGGUGAAAUCAUUGUCCAUAUCCUUUGUCAUUUAAUACUUCAAUCAUUAGGUAGUAUUGCUCAGUUUGGUUUAGUAUGUAAACCAUUCUUUUUACUUUCUCGCUCUCCUACCCUAUGGAGAUUCGCAAGUGAACACCUUUUUAAACAAUCUUAUAUGUCUUUUGAACAAUCACGUCAAACCCAACUUUCUUUGGUGGAUCAGUAUCAAGGGAAUUGGAUGCGUAUGCUGAAAGAGAGACCACGUAUUCGUUAUGACGGUGUAUAUAUUUCUACUUGUCAAUAUGUUAGGCCCGGUGUAUCAGAAACAGCUUGGACGAGACCUGUACAUCUUGUAACGUAUUAUCGAUAUUUACGAUUCUUUCCAGAUGGACGUGUUAUGAACUUUAUUUCAAAUGAUGCUCCAGUGCAAGUGGUCAAGCUUUUAGUGCCAUCAUUCAGCAAACGACAAUUAUUCAGAGGUAGAUUUGAAUGGGAUGGUGAAAGAAAAGUGAUCAUCCAUAUGAAGGAAGAUGGAAGACCUAAUGAACAGUUUAUAAUGAAUUUAAAUAUUAAGCACCCAUAUCAGGAAAAAAGAAGAAAACGUGGUGUUUAUAAAUUAACAUGGGAAUCCUAUGUCAGCCAUAAAGUUGAUGAUGAUAGUUUUAUUAACCCGUAUAAUUUAAAAUUGAUGAAACCAUUUAUUUUUAGUGCAGUGACUAGUUAUCAUGUUGAUUUCUCGAUCAAUGAAAAAUAAAACGUACUAUAUUGGAUAUUGUGGAGAAAAAAA